AUUAUCCGUUCAUACUCUCUUAGUAUAAAUCAUCUUCUCUCAAAUUUCUUUAAUAUCAUCUCAAAUUUUCACUGUUCUUUCACCAAAAAACAUUUGGGUCAGUGGAAACGAAGCGAAAUCAACAUAGCUGGCUGGUGGGGAUCGUAAACCCCACAUAGCCGCUGCUUUGAAUUUCCCCUUUUCUUUUCUCUUCGUGUUCUUGUUUAAUCAAGAUUCUUCAGAAAAUGGCUUAGUGAUUUGAACACAGCCAAGAUGCUCUGUACACGACAGAGAUGAACGAACCCACCCAUUCUUUCAAGUUGCAGUAGCAGACAACACUAUUUUGCUGCUUUACAGCCCACACAUUACUCAACAAAAACAACAAUAUAUAUCAAAUUUCAAUCCACUUUUUUCUAUUUCUCUCUCUACAUUAUCACUUUCUUUGUUCUUAGUCAUCAUUGAUCGUUUUUUCUUCCUUCCAUUUGAGUUUUCACCACAUGGGUUUUGUUCACUGAUCGUUUUGGGGUUUUGGGUUCUUAUUAAUCUUGUUUUUGAGGUUUGAAAUUGAGUUUAGUUAGUAAAAUUAGAUUAAAUUACCUCUGUUCUUUCUCUCUCUAGGUACAUUAUUACUCUUUUGUUGUUAUUGAUAUUGAUAUUGAUCCAUUUUCUUCCUUCAAUUCGAGUUUUGGUCACAUGGGUUUUGUUUCUUUGGUUGUUUUAUCAAAAGGGUAGGCCGGGUUUUGAUCUGAUUUUGAUUUUGUUUUUGUUUUUGGUGGCGUUGAAAUUUUAGAAUCGUGGGUUUUGUGGGUUUGUUCUUAUGGUUUUUUAAUUUGGGUUGGUUUGGUGGAGGGGAAAACGAAGCAAUAAAAACUUUGAGAAAUUGUUGUCGGCGCGAGGUCACUUUCUGUCGGCAUUGUCUGUAGCCAAUGAUGCAUUUGGUAUUAAUUGAACCAAAAAGUACUCUCCCCGUUGUUUCUGUUGCUGUUUAGCCGAUUUCGUCAUCUUCUUCCUUCGAUUUCAACUAAGAUAUUUGCAGCAAGUGAUGAUCGGCCGCCAUUUUUGUGGUUUUUGAGUUCUUUGAUCCUCCAUUUUUGAAUGUGGGUUGAAUUUCAUCAGCUUUUCUCAUCCUUUACUGGAAAGAAACCUGUUCUUCAUUUGCUGAUUGUCAAAUGACGCAACGUUUUCAGAAGAUCUGCAGCUUUUUCCAUAGCUUCUUCACGAUUUCAGGUUCAAUGUAUAAGAGUGUGUAUAGUCAUUGUUAUACUGUAAAAAAGCAUCAACGGUGAAGGGAAGAACUCACAUGAGAUGUCAAGGAUCCUAGCAGCAAUAUUAGGAGGUUCUGCAGGAGCUGUGGCAUUGGUGGGAUUGAUUAUUGUGCUUAUAAGAUUCUUAGCUCGCUCGAGAAACGCUGCAAGAACAUCGGAGACUGGCUCGUCGGAUCCUUCUAUUCAAGUGGGAAGACAUGUCGGGAUCGAGUUGUCUCUACGGGAUGCUAGGCGUUUCGAGAUGGCAGAGUUGGUGUUAGCCACUAAUGAUUUCAGCGACAAGAACUUGAUUGCUGAAGGGAAGUUCGGGGAGGUCUAUAAGGGCAUGCUUCACAAUGGGAUGUUCGUCGCUAUCAAAAAACGGCACGGAGCGCCUAGCCAGGACUUUGUGGAUGAGGUACACUACCUCUCGUCUAUUCGACAUCGAAAUCUUGUAACUCUUUUAGGCUACUGCCAGGAAAACAAUCUACAGUUUCUCAUCUUCGAUUACAUACCGAACGGAAGCGUUUCUAACCACUUAUAUGGCACCGAGCAGCGUUCGGCUGAGAGGCUCGAAUUCAAGAUCAGACUCGCAAUAGCUCUGGGGGCAGCUAAAGGUCUGUCGCAUCUUCACUCCAUUACCCCUCGUUUGAUACACAAAAACUUCAAGACGUCCAACGUACUCGUAGACGAGAACUUUAUAGCUAAAGUGGCCGAUGCAGGACUUCACAAUGUCAUGGGACGAUCUAGCGUUUCGGAAUCAUCGUCUCGAGCAACAACGGAUGAGAUAUUCCUCGCUCCCGAGGUAAAAGAGUUUCGACAAUUCUCUGAAAAGAGCGACGUAUAUAGUUUCGGCAUAUUCCUUUUGGAGUUGGUAAGCGGUCAAAAAGCGUCGGAUGCACCUGUUUCCAAUCCAAAUUAUACUCUGGUUGAUUGGAUACAAAGCAAUCAGAAAAAGAACGAUAUUGGUAGCGUUAUGGAUCCGAGGUUGGGGAAGAAGAGCUUCACGGAGGAAGGUAUGGGUGAAGUGAUGCAUUUGAUCGCUCAAUGCGUCGGGUACUCGAGCGAGAGGCGGCCGGUGAUGAGCUAUGUGGUGAUGGAGCUUGAAAGGAUACUGGAGAAGGAGAUGAACUUGACAACAGUGAUGGGAGAAGGGAGCCCAACGGUUACUCUUGGAAGUCAGUUGUUCAAAGCCACAAAGUAAAAGGGAAAACACAGGCUUGUUUAUGUUUAGUUCUUUAUUAUUAUUAUUAUUAUUUUUUAAAUAUUAAAUUCCCUUUUAAAUUUCCCUCCACAUCAGAAAAUAUGAGCAACAGACCUCAGCUGUUGUAAGUGUAUAAAAAAGAAACAGCUGAAUCAUUCUUUUUU